AUGUUUCGCAUCCAGUCUGGUGCGCCUGACAGUGACGCCGUACCUGUCUCGUCGAUACGGCUCUCACCAGCACAUUUCGCUGAAAUGUCGUCCACGCCACUCAUUGUCCCAGCUACCCAGCCGCAGCCGAGCCCUGCUGCGAAUGGAGCCCUCCCCGUAGACAUUUUCCCCGAAAACGUUAUCAAACCCAUCUACAAAACCGACUUGCCUAAGCCCCAUUCACUUGUUGACAAGACCCAGCAGCUUGUCUACUGCUGCAGUCUCCUCUCCAAGGCUCCAGGACCGUUACCAUUAACCUCGGACAGCGAUGUCUCCCAAGAUUCGCCCCUCGGCGACAAGGAGAAGGAAUGGGUUCAGGACAUCGGUCUCGUUUCGCAUGGCCGAUAUCAAUGGCUUGUUGAGCAAUUGGUCAGAGCGUUCGCUGACAACCCACUCAAGGCAUUUGAUGUGGUCACCGAGAUCGUUCUUGUUGGUCCCGUCCUUGACCGCGACACAUACCGCAGCCUGCUCUCAUGCUUCAUUUCCAAGUUUGAGCAGACAACAGCGCUGGAUGUCAUUCUGCUCCUAGGUCUUGUGCAAUUGGUUGAGUGCGCCUCCGCUGGAUACCUCGUCGACGAUGAUCUGGCUAGAAUCGCCACUGUUCUCUCCAAGGAGCUCUCGAUCACCCACAUUGGCACGAAUGACCACUCCUUGGACCUGACAUUGUCACUCGCUCGAGUUCUUGAUGUGAUGGUGACUGGAAAGGUCAAGGACCUGAACCGUGAACGAGACCAUCAGCCGAUGCUGCAGCUCCUGGACGGUCUGUGGAACAGCGACAAUGUCGUCCAGAGGUACGAGGCAAUGUAUGCCUACCAGGCCCUCCAGUAUGCACCCGACGACGAGACUCCGCUCCAGGUACUGUGGAGAUAUGCCAAGGUUGCAGCGGCAGGCGCAGGCACAGUGUCGAGUGUUUUCAAGUUGGAUCCAGAGGGGCUCCUCAAAGGUAUCGAGAGUCUUCAGGAGAUCGGUGCAGGGGUUGUGGGAGCUAUUAGCACUGGAAUGGAGAUGGUGGAGACCCUUCGUGUUGGUGCUGGUGGGGCCGACCGGGCGUCGGAGAACAAGUUCGACUAUAUGAAGAAGCGUUCGUGGUACCUCGCCCUUCAAGGAACGGCUCUCUUCAUCCGCCAGGGACGACUUUCAGACUUUAACAUAGUCGUCAGCCAGGCGCCUUGUCGCAACAACCCCAACUUUCAGUGGGGAGUCUGCCGCCAGAUCGGAGAGAUUGCAGUCGACCCGCUCUGGGAUGUUCUUGUCCGUCAACAGGCCGUCGACUUUCUAGGCGAGUUGUUCAGGAGUGGUGCUGACUGGAAACCGCAUGUCGAUGUCAAGCGCUGGAUCUUGACCAUCCUUGUCCAGAUCUCGGGGAUGUCGGAUGACUCUAUCAAGAAUCGCGCUGUUGCUUUAUUACUAGACCUGAAGAAGGGCGGUGUCACCGAGUGUCCUGGUUUUUUUUCGCUGAGCAGACGCCUCCCUCUGCCUUCAACCUCCCCGCUUCUUGCUAAGGUCCAAGAAAUCCCAAAACUCGAGUACGACCUGCACGUAUUGAGGUCGAUGAGGAUUGCCAACUACAAGCAGGCAGUUUACAUCGACCCCAUGGCCAAACUCAGCCUCCAGGACACGGAUGACAAUCUGUUCCCUCUCAUGGACAAGGUUAGACAUUUUAUGGCCGGCGACGCUCAGGUGAUGCUGAUUCUGGGAGAUUCAGAAGUGGGAAAAUCCACAUUCAAUCGACACCUGGAACACGAGCUCUGGCAAGAGUAUAAGGCAGGAGGCCGUAUCCCGCUUUUCAUCAACUUGCCGUCCCUCAAGCGACCAGAGGAGGAUCUGGUUGCGGAGCAAUUGAGGACCCAUAACCUUUUGGAGGACCAGAUCCGUGAGUUGAAGCUGGACCGCCAGUUUAUGUUGAUCUGUGAUGGAUACGACGAGAGCCAGCUUACAUCCAAUCUGCAUACCACCAACCUCUUCAACCGAUCUGGGCAGUGGGACGUCAAGUUACUAAUUACUUGUCGCACGCAGUAUCUCGAACCGGAUUAUCGGAGUCGCUUUGAGCCCAAGGCGGUUGACCAGUACACUCGUGUCGCCAACGAUCUUUUCCAGCAAGCCGUCAUCGCCCCAUUCACCAGAGAGCAAAUCGAGGACUAUGUAGAGCACUAUGUUCCUCUUGAGCCGCGCACCUGGGUCAAGAAGGACUACAUGGACAAGCUAGAGGCUAUCCCCAAUCUGAUGGAUCUAGUCAGAAACCCGUUCCUCCUUACCCUGUCACUGGAGGCCCUUCCUACGGUCAUGCAAGGGAAAACCGACCUCUUUAAGCCUCGGGUCACUCGUGCUGAGCUGUACGACACUUUUGUGAGACAAUGGAUGGCUGUCAACAAGCGCCGUCUGGAGGAUCAAAGACUGGACAGGGAGAACCAGAUGGCUUUCGAGGAGUUGUUGGAGGCCGGAUUCGAGCAGAGUGGGGUCAAGUUUCAACAGGAUCUGGCAGCUGCGAUUUUUGUACAUCAGGACGGCAGCCCUGUUGUCGACUACAUCAACAAACGUGACAAAUCUUCCUGGAAAGCGGCCUUUUUCAGCAUGGACUGCGAGACGAGUCUUCUCCGUGGUGCCAGCCUUCUCAGUCGAGUCGGCACGCAGUACCGCUUUGUCCAUCGCUCCAUCCUGGAGUACUUUUUCGCCUGCACCAUUUGUGGGCCCACCAAAGAGCAUGAUGAAUUUGAUCCGCCUGUCCAUUCCGAAACCCCCGCCACCUCACCCACCUCACCCACCAUUAGCGCCCACCCGCUGUCUCAUAGGAACCUUGUCGUAGAGCCUUCGAUCAUCCAGUUUCUGGCCGAGCGAGUGCAGUUGGACUCUAGAUUCAAGGACGAGCUCCUCGCCAUCAUUGAGCAGUCCAAGACCGACAGCCAAGCAGCUCGAGCCGCGGCGAACGCCAUCACGAUCUUGGUCAAGGCAGGAGUGCGAUUCAACGGAGCUGAUCUUCGGGGUGUUCGAGUUCCCGCAGCCGACAUGUCUGGCGGCCAGUUCGACUUGGCACAACUGCAGGAGACUGACUUGACGGGUGUCAACGUCACCAAAAUCUGGAUUCGUCAGGCGAACUUCACCAGGGCGUGGAUGGAGGGAGUUCAGUUUGGAGAGUUGCCGUACCUGAAGGAGGAUGAUGAGGUAUACUCGUGUGCCUAUUCGCCUGACGGAUCAUCUCUCGCUGUAGGUCUCUAUGGAGGAGGCAUCAACAUUUACGAAACCUUCACAUGGACAAGGACUCACACUUUUAGAGGGCAUCGAGACCGUAUUAUGAGCAUUGCUUAUUCGCCAACCAGUCACCAACUUGUUUCAGGCAGCUACGACAAGACAGUACGAUUGUGGGACUGCGAGAGUAGCUCAUGCAUUUUUGUUCUAGAGGGGCAUACCGACUGUGUGUUGACUGUGGCGUUUUCACCCUCUGGCAAGCAGGUCGCUUCGGCUGGGGAGGACAAGACCGUGAGGCUAUGGGAUGUUCAGACAGGCGCUAAUCUAUUCAACUUGACCGGUCAUACUGAUUGGAUUCGUAGCAUUUCCUACUCACCCGAUGGACAUGCGGUUGUGUCUGUUGGCGACGAUAAGAUGAUCCGGUUCUUUGACACACAGACUGAACAGCCAGGGGAAGUCUGGGAGAGUCAAAGUGGAGAGAUGAAAAGCGUCGCAUUCUCUCCUGGAGGCCUAGAGAUUGCCGUAGGGCAUGCUAAUGGGGAGUUACAGCUCUACAAUGCAGCUACCGGCAAGCCAACGAGGAGCUGGAAGGCUCAUCGCAACGGUAUCGCGUGUGUGAGCUUUUCGCCGACCAGCCAAUGGGUCGCCACAUGCAGUUGGGACGGCACGGUGAAGGUCUGGAGUGCAGCAACAGGAUCGCUCCUAUCUGUCUUUGUCGGCCAUAGUUAUCGAGUGAUCCAAGUAGUCUUCUCGCCAAACGGACUCCAGCUUGCCUCAUGUAGUCUUGACGAAACCAUUCGACUCUGGGACAUGAGCUCGUUGGGUACAGGCAUGGACAUGGAGGGCGGAUCCGACCCGUUGACGAGCUUACUUUUUUCUCCAGACGGUCGAGUUCUCUUCUGUGGUACCGAGUCGGGAGCAGUGCGGCAGUAUGAUGCAGGAUCUGGAGAGUCUGGUCCUUUCUUUUUUUGCGGAAACAAGCCUGUCAAGUGCCUAGCGGUCUCCCCGGAUCGUCUCCGAAUCGCGUCAGUUGGAAUGGACGACAGAGUCGUCACUGUGCGGGACAUUGGAACAGGUCAGGCCGACGUUGUCUUGCUCAGUCACACAGAAAAGGUGACCGCUAUGGCCUUCUCAACUGACAGCCGCUGGAUCGCCACGGGCAGUGAGGACAAGACAGUGCGACUUUGGGACGCUCGUUCAGGGAUACUGGACCGCGUGCUUGAAGGCCAUACCGGUUCUGCUGUUUGUUUGGUAUUCUCGCCGAACAGCCAUGGAAUAUUGUCGGGGAGUAGGGAUGGAACAAUUCGAGCGUGGGAUUUGGACAGUCGUGAGUGUAGAGUCGUUGUGGAUGCUGGCGGUGAUAUAGAACUUUGGGCAAUAUCGACUUCACCUAAUGGCUUGAGGGUUGCUUCUAAAGACUUUUUCAGUGGUGCUGUUAAGCUUUGGAACGCGGAGGGCGGGCAACUUCAACAACCGCUAGAGGACAACGAAGAACGUCACUGUUUUGCGUUUUCGUCCUGUGGCCAAUGGAUGAGUGUAGGCUUGCCUCGCUCGAUUUGUCUCUGGAAUUUCGUCGCUUACACGUCGGCGGAAGGAGGAGGAGGAGGAGGAGGAGGAGAGUGGAGGUGUUCGGUGCGUAUCCGAGAUAUCUUUGGAAAGAUCAACAGCAUUGCUUGGAAACCUGACACGCUAGAGUUUAGCAUCGGAUGCGAGAAUGGGUCUCUUCAAGUGUGGAGACUGGUGGAGACGUCGGCGUCGUCGGAUGCAUGGUUGGUCCAGUUGGUUUGGAGCGCUGGAAAUCCUGUUCUAGUUACCUCGGACGCCGUUUUUGCCGAUGCUAUUGGUCUCUCCUCAGCCAAUCAGCGAUUGCUCACUCAACGUUGCAAGGGUAGUGAUGCUUAA